AAAAAGAAAAGUAAAAAUAAAAAGGGAAAGGAUAGAAAAAGUAAAAAGUAAAUAAAUAAAGAGAAGAAAGAAAGAAAAAGGUAGAAAGAAAAAAUAGAAGAAGAAGAAGAAGAAGAAGAAGAAGAAUUUAGUGUGAUCUUUCAUGGGAAAUAAUAUGGGUGUUAAAAGAGUGAAAGAAAGAUAGAGAAAAGGAUAAAGAGAUACAUCAAAAAGGAAGUAAAAGGAAGGGAAAAGAGACGAGCGUAAGGGUCGCGUGCGUGCGUGCGUGCAAGCGUGCAACGUGAGCACGCGUGUAUACGUAUGCGUAUGCGUAUGCUUGCGUGCGUGUGUGUGCGUGUGUGUAUGUGUGUAUGGUGUACGUGUCGCCCGUGAUCGAAAGUACGAACAACAGAAUUGAAUGAGCAAGCUUAUCGUCGCGAUGAAAAAGACUUUGUGAAAAGGGAGUUUUCAAGGUAACACCGAAGGGAUUAUCUGGCAUCGAUUAAUGUAUACCACGAUCCGUGCUUAAUGGAGCGAGGCCAAGCUGAGUGCUGUGUACGAGGAGGAUGACGAGAGGUUGCUGGAGGACGAAAACGACGAAGACGACGAAGACGACGACGACGACGACGAAGAAGAAGACGCUGAGGACAACGAGAAUUACUAGAAGAAGGAAGAGAUUCGGAUUGCAGGAUUUUUCCAAGAUUUUCAACACGUUCGUUCGGACACGUGCCGAAAGGGAAGAAGCGUGCGCACGACGAUGCGGCUAUUACUCGCGUGCUGCUCGUGAAUAGCGAUCGUUUGUGCGCGUGCGAUCUUCUCUCUCUCUCUCUCUCUAAUUCUCUCUUUUUUCCUCUCUCUUCUUCUCCCAUGUAUGCGUGCUCGCGUGUGUCUGUGUGAGUGUGGAACCGUGUCAGUGUGAGAAAAAGAGAGAGAGAAAGUAUCUGUGAGAAAGAGUGAUAAAGAGAGAGUAUCUGUCUUUUCCUUUUUCCUCCUUCUAUUUCCCCCUUUUCUCUUUCUCUCUUUCUCUCUCUCUCUCUCUCUCGCUCUCUCUUUCUCCCUCUCUCUCUUUCUCUCUCUCUCUCUCUCUCUCUCUCUCUCACUCUCUCUCUCUCUCUGGUUUAUUUGUACGUGCGUGUUCUUGUGUGUUUUAUUUGCCUCGAGUGGGAAAGUCGUUAAAGAAAAUUUGAGAGAGAAAAAGAACGAUUGAGUGAGAACGAGAAGUAGAGGGAAAAGUAAAGAGAGAAAGAGAGAAAGAGAGAGAGAGAGAGAGAGAGAGAGAGAGAGAGAGAUAGAGAGAGACUUUUUCCGAGACGCGGAAUAUCGCACGUAAUAUCGCGAAAACGACGACAGCCAAGGAGAAGGUACGAACACGGGAAAGGAGAUAAGCGUUAAACGGCCGAGAAGAAGGAGGAGAAGGUGGAGAAGGAAGGAAGGAGGAGGAAGAGGUGGAGGAGGAGGAGGAGAAAUAGAAGAGAAGGAGUGUUGUACGAGCGUGUCAUACUACGUGUCGUAUCUGUGCAACCUGUGUUGUAUGUGACAGUGUUAUUAUUUACAAAGUACGCGUCCGUGACGUCGCGAGUGACUGACAAUAAACGCGUCGAACGUAAAGGAAGACGGCGAUUUUCUUCAAGCUACGCGACCUGACAAGGUACUUCUCGCACAACCUACGUCGCCCCCGUAACCUUGUGUAAUAAUACGUCCCUCUUCCCUCCUGUCCUUCCACCUAAUACUACAAUCAUCGUUUCUACCGAAUCCUUAUAUCCUUUUAUCCUAUCUCUUGUUUCUUACACUCUUAGAGAGGAGGAAACUCGCUUAUAUAUCUCCGCGUGGAGAUUUUCACGGGGGAAGAAGGAACUAGGAGUGACACGGCGAGGAUGGAGGACCGCCGUGGAAAGUGGCUCUACGCCGUUUUGCAUCUUUUGACGUUUCUCUACAGGCACGCCGAAUGUGCAUCGAAAAGCGGUGGUUCGGUGGUCGAGCAUCAUCCUUCCUCUUACUGGGAGCAACCAUUUAGUCAACCAUAUUUUGAUAACACGACCAAGAGAGAAACAACAACGACGGUCGGCCAAACCGCUUACUUAUAUUGCAGAGUACGCAAUCUCGGCGAUCGUGCUGUUUCAUGGAUAAGAAAACGAGAUCUUCACAUACUCACCGUAGGUAUUUUAACUUACACGAACGAUCAACGCUUCCAAUCGUUGCACGGUGAUGGAAGCGACGAAUGGACCCUGAAAAUUAGUUCACCGCAAGUCAGAGACAGCGGGACCUACGAAUGCCAAGUUUCGACGGAACCGAAAAUCAGUCAAGCAUUUAACUUGAGCGUAGUGGUGUCGAAAGCGAAAAUCAAUGGCAAUUCGGAAUUGUACAUCAAAAGUGGAAGCGACAUAAACCUGACUUGCAUCGUACUCCAAACACCAGAGCCACCGUCCUUUAUUUAUUGGUACAAGGGCGAUCAUGUAAUCAAUUAUAGUCAAAGGGGUGGUAUUAACGUUGUCACGGAGAAACAAACUCGAACCUCGCGUCU